CAUCAAAACAUGGACCCUAGCUGAUUCGGACGAAUCAAACGCAGCGUGGAGCAACGUGGUGUACCAGGAUGAUAACCCCAACCAACUGAAGCAGGGCAGCUGGAUUCACGCGUUUCGGUGGGACGAGGUGUGGCAGCUUCCCGCCCUCUGGACGCAUCCUAACCAGGACAUCACAACUGUAGAUCGCAUCUGGUACAUUGACCGGGCCGCGGGCAAUGAGGUGCCCAAUGGCUUCCGAAAGAUAGCCACCAUGAGGGCCACGGAGACCACCUGGAACGCGGCCGUCCUCAAGAUGUUCUACUUCUGUGGCUACUGGGAGAACACCCCGGCAAGGCCCGAGGACGCCCAGCUCCGUAUCGACCUGUUCUUCCCGGCCAGCAACACACGGCGCACCAUCUGGCAGGUGGAGGACGCCGACAAGAUCAUGCCAUCUAGCACGUUCGGCAGAUGCGCUAACCUCGGCCUGUGCAACCGGGAGCGCGCGUGGAGCUCCCUCUGCUACAGAUGUGGCAACGUCAAGCACUGGAAGUACCUCACCCUUCGGAUCCCGGCAUCGGCAGAGCCCUACCAGGUGGAGAUCACGGGACUGGACGGCCGCGUGGGCUCCGUCGCCUUCGAUCUGGUCAGCUUCGAGACACUCGAGUCGUGCGUGCCCACCUGGAUCCCCUACUACGGCGUCUUCAACUACGCCCCCAGCUCUGCUAGAGUGAUGUCCAGAGGUUCAAUGGCCAAGUGCUCGAGAGCGUGCAUCUCGUCAGCCACGUGCGACAUGUUCGCCUAUCAGGAGUCGACCCAGUCGUGCAUAUUCGGUCUCUCACUCAGCAAAGGCUCAUCGACCAACGCCAACGACAUGUGCUGGACCGCCCCGGAUCCAACCUACACGGCCUUCGAGCUGAACUGCCUCAGCCCAGCGGCCACCUAUGAUCUGCUGCUCGACUCGGACGGCGACCACUUCGAGGGCGCCUGGCACUGGGAGAACUGCGUCGAGGCCGGCCAGUGCCCCGCCAGUCUCAGCCCGCGCAUCGCGCGCCGGGUCAAGGAGACCUGGCCGGGGCUGCCGGGAGGACCGCUGACAGACGGCUUCGCCUACUACGUCGUAGUCGGCACCCUGACCAACCUGCUGCCCAUGAAGAGGAACCAGAAUGUUACUGUGUCAGACGUUCUUCCUCGCCAGUACUUGGACGCAUUCAACCCCAGUGGAACAUUUUACGCCUCGUGUACAGCGAUGGACGCCGACGCCGACCAGAUGACCAUGCGGAUGUACAAGCUGGCCAACGACAGUUCGGAGAGCCUGAUGGCCGAGUCGUCCUCGACGUGCCCGAACGGCCGCGUGGUCCGGGUGGGUUACGACCCGGUGACCUUCGACGGAUCCUCCGCCCGGCUGAGAGUGGAGGAGGAAAUGCUAAGUCAAGGUUACCCAACUGCAGCCCCCAAUGCCAAUAUGAACGCGGCCGUUUCUGCCCAACGUCUUCUAAUUGAUGUUCCCGUUGGUCUUGGCUGUUUCUCUGGCUACGAAACACCGGCGGACGCCCAAGAAUCGUCAUCCAACGACGUUCCGCCGUGUCUGGUCUCGUGCCAGGGGCUCAACAAGCCCAUCGCCGCGUUGAGCGGCGCCUCCUGCUCUUGCCUGGACGCAAUGCCGUACGAGUCGCUGACGCCGUCGACCGCCUGCAACAUCACCUGCCAGCAGGAUCACUGGAUGUGUGGAGGACCCGAGCAGCACAACUUCUAUGUCGCCUCUUGUCCGGACACCUGGCUGAGGAUUGGCCACUUCUGCUACAAGGUCUACGAAAACGCCGACGCCGACACGAGGGGCAAGGCCGAGGCGGUCUCUUGUCCGGACACCUGGCUGAGGAUUGGCCACUUCUGCUACAAGGUCUACGAAAACGCCGACGCCGACACGAGGGGCAAGGCCGAGGCGGUCUGCUCGCAGGACAACGCCCAGCUGUUCGCCCCGCUCUCCUCCUACGACUUCACCAUGGUGUCCAAGUUGCUGGUUGAGAACGGUGAGAGGGCGUACCUGGGCUACGCAAGUAACCUGGCCGGUGGUGAAUCAUUUAUACACUUCGACGGCUUCAUCAACAUGGGCUUCCACGAGCUGGCCCCGCUCAAAGACACUCCGCUCAGCUGUCCGGUGGUGGCGCGGGCGGGAGCCCUGCUGCUGGCCAUGGAGGCGUGCGGUGCCGCGAAGAUCAUCUGCCAGCGCAGGAUGGCGGCUGGCUGGGGAGCGCAGGAGAUUGCGGAGGUCGAGGACCUAGUGACGCGCGGCGCCAGCAGCAACGAGGCCGCCUUCCAAGGAGACGACUGGUGGACUCCGGAGGGCAACGACACUUCUCCUCAACUGGAGGAAUACAACGUGACGUACGGCCUGCCUAUGGAAGACACAUUCACCGUUUACAUCCACAUGGCGUACCCCAAAGUGUCCAACUGGUUUGCUGUUCCUGUUUGCCCCACGGGAACCCAGUACGUUUUGGGUGCGAACAACGACAAGUGCGUGUCUGACGGUGACACCGGGACGUUUGUCAACGGCUUCAGCGAGCGCGACACCGCCUGCACCGAUGGCUGGCCAUACGCCCCCAGGAGUGCUAAAGACAACGCCUUCAUCGCGUCCAUCACCGACAUUUCCCCGUACGACGUUCUCACUGGAAGAGAGCACGCCACAUUCAUCAACAUCCAGUGGAGCUCGGACGACAACGCCUGGGUCUACGGAGACGGCACGAGCUUCACCGACUCGGACUACCAGAACUUCGGCGCCGGCGAGCCCACCAUUGCAGCAGACGGCAGUAGCCCGCCGGCGAGCUACCAGGGCAGCAAGUGCAUCUAUAUGAAGGCAGACCUGGCCUGGUUCUGGGAGUCGUGUGCCCCCAGCAGCUUGGGCGAUGCCAUCUCGUACGCGUGGUUCCCCUGUGAGGUCAAAGGGACGCUGAUGGAGCACGGAGAGGUGCAGGAGGCGUGCCGCCAGGCCGACCACACCGCUCUGGAGAGCCGGGGCUUCCAGCUGCUCAACACGAUACCCACCAAGCUGGCCGGCCACUACACCCUUUCCCACGCCUAUAAGAAGAACACCAGGGUGGCGUUCCAGUUCUGCCAGAUAAAGACACAGUGCUUCCGCAACGGUAACGGGAACGUUCAGUGCUCGCCGUACAACGCUGUCUGGCACACCAGAGAAGGUGUCCUCAGCUGCCCAGACGGUUUCGUCAACAUCAUGGACAGCUGCGUGGCGCGCACGACCACGGCGACGACGUAUGCCAACGGCGAUGAUCUGUGCGCCGCCUUGAUGGGCACGCCGCUCACCGCGCGCACGCCGCGCGAGCUCAACUUCGUCAAGCAGUACCUGUCCGCGCUGGGCCUCAACCAGACCAUCUACACGGGGUUUCAGCGGCAGGACGACACCUUCCUCGACCGCGACGGCGAGCCCAUGACGGCUGAGUGGGACCGGCUGUGGGCGCCCGGGGAGCCGGCCACCGACGGCGACUGCGCCGUCAUGGACGUGGAGAGCGGCUUCCUGCUGCGGAGCGGCACCUGCGACCAGCAGCUGCCGACGCUCUGCAGUGCCAUCGAGCCUUCAAACUGUCCGUCGGAUUUCACCUACCAGCGGGAUUUUUACAACUGUUUCCACUUCCACUCCAACGCCAGCCGCUCUUGGGACCAUGUGGCGGCCAGCGAGUACUGCCGCAGCAAGAACUCGUGGCUGGCGGUGCCGGCGAACCAAGCACAGGUCGACGCCAUAGUCAGUCUCAUGAAGCAAACCAACAUGGCGGACUACGGGAUUGAAAAUCAAGUGGUCACUGGAUCGCUCGGAGCGGUGCACUCUGCCAUCGACCGCUUCAACAAGCCCUACUCGCUGACCAUCAACAACAUCAGCCCCAAGCCGUCCCCUUCCACAUGGGACGUCUUCGCUUUACCCCAAUAUACGCUCCAAGCCGACACAGGCUGCACCAUCGUGCAGCUCAGCUCCAGCUCCGUGGCGUCCAGAUCCUGCAGCAACGCCUCGCCCGCCGUCCACAACCCCAUCUGCCAGUUCCACGCCUGUUACCGCGCCGGCGAUGGACGGCAGGAGUGCGUGUUCCCGUUCACGUACAAGGGCCGCCGGUACGGCCAGUGUACGACCGUGGACGGCACCAACGGCACGGCCUGGUGCCCCACCCAGCUGACCGAUGGCGUCACGCGCCGGGAGCCGGGCACCUUCGUCACCUGCAUGUCCUCAUGUCCCGCGACGGUGUGUCCUCUGGGCUUCAUCGAGCUGGAGCGAGACGAGCUGGAGACGCCGCUCUGCCUGCUGGGCACGAGCCUCUCUCUGCCGGAGCAGGCGCAGCUGACGCCCGCCGACCAGCAGGACUUCUGCGCCGAGAGGGGCACACGUCUGCUCACGCUCACCACUCUGUUCCACCACAAGACCUAUUGGGACCUGGUGGAGUCAGCCUUGACUGACAUGAAAACCGUCAAAGUGGCCGUGGACGGCAUCUACGAGCAGGACGACACGCCGUACGCCAUGUUCACGUCCGGGCGCUUUAUGCCUGAGUACCUGCUGGAUGAGAUCACAACCGACUUCGACGCCAGCUUGUUCACCGCCAACAGUUCGACGACUUGUCUGGUGAUGGUCGAUGACGUGCUGAAGAAUGCGCCAUGUGACUCUGGAACCGCCCUCCACAUCUGUGAAGCCAACGUGGACUACACGGAGUCUGGACCGGUGCCAGACGCCCUCUGCCACUUCCCGUUCGAGUACGAGGACUCGCAGUACACCAGCUGCGUGUACGACCCGAAGCGGGGCAGACCAUGGUGCGCCACGGCCGUGACAGAGGACGGAAAGGUCGACGGAAACAACUGGGGCUACUGUCGUGACGACAGGCGGCUGACGGUAGCUGGCCCGGGCGCCCCGAGCCCCUGCCAGCUGCCAUUCAUCGUCGGCGAGACGCUGUAUGAGAACUGCACGAGCUUGGAGGGUGUGACGGCGCCAGACUCGGCCGGCAAGCUCUGGUGCAGCACGAGCAACGACGUCAACGGCGUGAUGCUGGACAGCAGCAGCUGGGGCUGGUGCGCGGACGACUUCUGGCCGCCGGGAUACGGCGUCUGCCAGCCGCCGUUCUACGGUGAAGAGAUCACCGACUGUCAGUACAUGCACCACAUAAUCAGCAGCAACCACAGCGAGGCCGAGGACUUUUGCAGCAGUCGCGGCUCCUCCCUGGCCAAUCCAAUCACUGAAGACCUGCAGGAACAAAUAGAAGUAUUUCUCCAUCAGAAGCAAAACAAGACGUAUUUCCCCAACUUCGACUUUGUCCGAACUAACGCUUACCAAGACGGAGAAAGCUGGAAGUGGAUGGACAAAACUGAAGUGCCUUUUGACUACACCAACUGGGCGGCCGGCGUGGAUGCCUCGACAGCGGGCUGCGUCUUCUUGGACGUGCGAACGCAGAGGCCGUUCCAGUGGGUGAUCCUGCCGUGCAGCACACCCGCUUACACAUCGUGCCGCAAGCUCUGUCCGUGGGGCUAUCACCUGUUCGAAGACCGAUGUCUGGGCAUCGACCUGGACGACAAAGUGACCUUCACUCGGGCCGAGGCACGCUGCGCGGCCCGAGGCGAGGACCUCAUGAGCUUCUCCAGCAACGACACCUUGAACGAGUUUCUCCAGUGGCUGCCCAACCACCUGCCGAUCGACUCCCAGUACUACGUGGGCAUGGUGUCGUGCCGAAACGCCUUCCCGUCUAUCACGCCGAGAACACUCCGGGAUACCGAAGCCAUGCUGUCCCCCUACUCGGUGAGCGGAAGGCAUCUGGGCUGGCUGCAGCCGAACGUGAGCUUCACGUACGAGGGUCAGUACGACUGCGCCAGCCCCAGCAAAUCUGCGUGGAACUUCCGGCUGCGGCCCGACGCCGCGGUGCCGCUCACCGCCGUUGUCGAGACGGACGUGACGCCGGAGCGCUUCAUCUGCUCAGGGCUUCCCAGCGAGGUGUCCUGUCCGGAUGGCUACUUCGCUCACAGCCGCCAGUGCUACAAGUUCUCGGACGACAUGGCCACGUUCCGCGAGGCGGAGCUCCGGUGCUUCGAGGAGGGCGCAGUGCUCGUCACGCCCAAUCACUGGAGCCAGGCACAUUUCUUCCGCUACAUGGCCAUGGAGCUGAACACGGAUGAAAUUGAGAGGGAAAAUAUUUGGCUAGGAAUUGACCGCAUAGACGGGAAGGGGACGUCUUACAUCACCUCGUUCGGUGACCGCUUCUCCCCCACUGGGUUCACCAUGGCAUCGUGGCUGCUGGACGGCGACGGAGCGGCCGGCCACGACUGCAUAGCCAUGUCCAGCGACGAGAUGGUGGCAGGGUCCGAGAGCUCGCGCUACAGAUGGAAACACCAACCCUGCAGCUUGCGCGCCCACUACGCCUGCCACUACAGGGGACGUGAGAUCAACAAUAGGAUCUGUCCAAAAAGCUUUCCAAUGUUCCACAAGAGCCGCUGCUUCCGACUGGUCAACGAAACCAUGACAUUUGUCCAGGCGGAGGUGGAGUGCGCCCGCUCCACGGACGGCAAAAGCCGGCUGGUGCGGCCCCAUGUCCGACUCAGCAUGCUGUGGUACCUGGCCAACAACGUGACCAAGGGCGCCUGGGUUGGAGCCGACGACCGACUGCAGCAGGGGCUGACGGACAGUGGCGGAGUCCCCUUACUGGCCGCGGUGCUUGCGGCCAUGCCGCUGCCCGGCGGACUCCUGGCCGAGGACGCCGCGAACCAGACCACCCCGGCCUCGACAGUGCUGGGUGGCCAGCUGCCCGGCGGCUGCAUGGCUGUCCAGGACGGCGGUUACGCUGUGGUCGACUGCGGGGAGCAGCGGAGUCACCUCUGCGAGUACACUGGGAGCACCCGCUGCCCGACCGGCUUCGUCCGACACCAAGGCAACUGCUACAAGGUGCAGGCCGAGGACGAGACGGACGCCGCCUACGCCGAAGCCGAGCGACGCUGCGCCUUCCACGCCAGCUUCGUGGCCGCCGAUCGCGACGUGCGAGAGGCCGCCUUCCUGAGCCAACUGAUGACGUCAGUGGGCCGCUCCUCCUACUGGGUGGGUCUCAGCUCGGACGAACCGGACGACACGGGUCUGACCUACCCGGACGAGGAGGCGUUCAACGCCACCGACCACACGCGCUUUGCGGCACCGCCGACGCUGGCGGCGCCGGCCUGCACCGUUGCCACCGAGGCCGACGACUUCGUCAGCUGGCGGGAGGCGGCCUGCAGCCAGCGACACGACUACGUCUGCCAGUACAGCGGCCCGCCCGCCUGCCCCGCCGGCUACGACCCACUAUUACACAGCGGCUACAACUGCGUCUCCAUGAGCGACACGGCCGACGGCAGCUACUGGGUGAAGCAGCGCGACUGCCGGAUGGCGGGCCCGAACACGGACCUGGUGCUGGUCACCUCGUCACUCAUGCACCAAGGCUUGCUGGGCUAUGUGUACAGCAAGCAGGGGCAGAACAGAGCCCCCGCUUGGAUCCGCUACCGCGGCCGCGUCGAGGCGGCCGACGUCGAAAACGAGCGCACCGGGCCUGGCAGCUUGGACCGCUGGGGACGGCUCGUCACCUUUCACAACACGCGCCGCAGCCAGGGAGUGCAGGACAUGGGGGCCGGCGCCACACAGGACGACAUCUGGAGUGAGAAGUGUGCGGUGCUGGACACCACCGUGAGAAACCACGACAACUGGGUUCGCAAGGAGUGCGACGAGGCGCAUCAGGCCGUCUGCGAGCACACUGCGUGCUACUCGGAGCGCGGCCGCCAGUGCACGUUCCCCUUCACGAACCCCGACGACGGCAUCGAGUACCACAACUGCUCGUCGCUGAACCCGGCCGACAUCUUCGAGCCCUGGUGCGCCACAGAGGUCAACGGCACGGGCCACGCCACGCGCCUGGAGCGCUGCCUGCCCUACUGCUACUUCGAAAGACCCAUCGUCACCUGCUACGACACGCCGCCGCGGCCGCCGCUGCAGGACGAAAUGCCGGCCGACCGGUGGCGCGUCAACUGGACCUCCAGCUGGGACGGCGUCACAGACCUGCAACAGCAUCAAUCCAUCAUCUACACCUGCCCCGAGGGAUAUCACUUUGACUUCAACAACACGCCGGAAGUGCAGGUCACGUGCGGCAACUGGACCUGGGAGGAGGCACCGCAGCUCAACUCCACCUGCCAGCCGGUCCGGUGCCCGGAGGAGCUACCCAGGGUGGCGUCCGACUCGGCCUACAACGCCUCUAUCCUGGCCUGGAACGAGGAGCACGAGUACCUCACCGAGAUCACCUUCAAGUGUCCCACAGGUCACGUGUUCGAGGGUGAGCCGCGCCAGCCGGAGGAUGACUGGCAGACAAACCCGUCCAACUGGAGUCAGCUGCUGACGGUGCGGUGCGAGGCGUCGCAGAGCUGGUCGCGGCCCCAGCUGCCCGCCUGCCAGCCCUUCGACUGCGCUGGCCCGCCGCCGGCGCCGCUUCUCGCCGUCUCCUCCGACUGGGACAACGACACGCUCACCUACAGCUCCUCCGUGCGCUACUGGUGCACGGCGGGUGUGGGCUGGGGCUUCCCCAGCGACGGUGCCACAGAGCGCAGCGUCACCUGCCAGGCGGACGGCAACUGGUCGCUGACCAGCGUCGAGGACUGCAUCGUGAUGCCCUGCCCAGACCGCCCGCCGGCGCCUCUGGCCGACCAGCAGCUGUCGUACGGCAUCAUCGUCAGCAACUACACGUGCCCGCCGGGCUGGGAGUUCCCCGGCGGCGGAGCGCAGCGCUCUGUCGAGUGUCUGCUCGACACCAAGGUGUGGCAGCCUGAGAGCGUGCCAGCCUGCCGCAAGCGUCGCUGCGAAGACGCGCCCCCGGAGCAGCCCGCCGACGACAUGACUGUGGACUGGCCGCUGGUCGGCGGCUACCCGGGCCGACAGAUGGACCACGUGGUCACCUACAAAUGUCCGCGGGGCUUCAUCACGUGGGACCUCAACGUCACGAAUCAGGAGGUGACGUGCGUGCACGAGCCGGCGAGUGACGCCAUGGUCUGGGACCCACCCGACAUCGCCGAGUGUAACCGUGAGUGCAGCGGGUUGGUCACGUGGUCCGGCCGCAGGUCGUGUGACGUCAUGCCGUGCGCCGUCGGCUGGCGGCGCGCGCACGCGCGCUGAAGCUGGUCCGAGGCUAAUGACGUCACGCUUCUUUAGAUGAUGUCAUUGACAGAGGGUUCUGAAUCUGGAUGACGCUGCUGUCGAUGACCGGCUGACAUAGAUGGCCAUAUUGACAGCGUCUUCGAUCUCUUUGAUGCCCACGAGUGACAUCUUAGACUCUCGUGGCCAAGUCUCUGUGGGCUUAAACGCGCCUUCUCCGCGGCUGAUCGAUCAGUGGAUUGAUAAGUUCUGAAUGGCUUCCGCAAUAAGGCGUGUUGCCAGUUGUCAUUCCGCGUUGUACUGAAGGUCAGUCUCGCGAUAUGUAAUUAACCCAUCUGUCGGCAUCCUCAUCUCCCAUGCCGCCGGAGCGAGACACCGACUCAGGUACGUGCUGCAGCUCUGUCAUGGUGCUGAGCUUCAGCUCUAUCGUGGCGCUGAGCUGAAGCUCUAUCGUGGCGCUGAGCUGCAGCUCUAUCGUGGCGCUGAGCUGCAGCUCUAUCGUGGCGCUAAGCUGUAGCUCUGUCGUGGCGCUGAGCUGCAGCUCCGUCACGGCGCUGAGCUGCAGGUCUAUCGUGGCGCUGAGCCCACCACGGACAAUCAAGAGUUGUAGCUCUAUCGCCUCUGGCUGAAACGUUGGAUGAUUAAUCAGCAUUGGCGUUGGGAAUGUCUUGGUAUAGUAAUUCUAAGUCUAAGUAAUUCCAGUUUGUUCGAACAUAUACCGUAGCAUGUUAAUUCUGAGCAGUGUUGCUAUUGCUAUUUUGGAGGAAAGUGUUAACUGUGUACAUCAGUCGUUGUUAUCCUUCCCCUUCCUGUCGCCACGUCCUGCCGAGAAUGAAUCAGAGUGGACGAAUGAAUGGGUGAGAAUGAAUCAGAGUGGUCGAAUGAAUGGGUUAUGUCAUGUGCUGACGAGUGCGCGCGUGUGUACGUCAUGGGUACAUGUGCACGUGCGUGUGCUGAGGGAGCGUUGGCGCGUGGGACGGCCGGUCUGCCGCGGACAAAGACUGCAACGUGAACGUUUGACGACAAAACUGACGAGACGAGAAGACUGGAAAGCCGCGGGAAGUGGCUCGCCUCCCUGUGAUCAGCCGAAGAGAUGGCCUCGGAGAACCUCGCGUUGGUUGUGGAGACCGAACAGCUACAUGAACAGGUGAGGAGGCGAACAAUAAGGGGUACCUGGCCAUGUGAGUGGCUUGCAACCCAUGUGCGGGCUGUUGGCGCGAUCUCUUUUGGAAGAGUGUGUGCUUUGGUUUAAUACCUAUUGGUUAGGAUGUGUUUGUGUAAUGCGGCAGCGUACAACCAAACGCGUCCAGCAGAUUAACACAAUAGGGUUGUUGGAGUCUUGGAUCUGCUUCCAUCAACAGGUUCCAUAGAAUCUCAAAGAAACUUUGAUUAUUUUUCCGUCUCAUUCUUCCUCGCUCGAUUUUCCACGAUCG